AUGGAAACAUCUGAUGCUAAUUCUAACGAAACAUUUCAAAUGUGUGCAGCCUUAUUGUGGACUGUUAGUGAUUUUCCAGCACUAGCAAUGCUUUCUGGAUGGAGCACCAAGGGAAGAUUGGCAUGUCCAACUUGUAAUCAUGACACAUGUUCUCAAUAUCUCAAACAUAGUCGUAAGAUGUGUUACAUGGGUCAUCGGGCAUUUUUGCCUCCUGAUCAUCCAUCUCGAAGAGAUAAGAAAUCAUUUAAUGAAGCUUUGGAAGAGCUUCGUGAAUUCAAUAAUAUGUUUGGAAAGGGCCAAAAGAAGAGGCGUCGAGAUAGUGGGGGUCCGUGGAAGAAGAAAUCUAUUUUUUUUGAAUUGCCAUAUUGGACACAUAAUAAGUUGCGACACAAUCUUGAUGUGAUGCACAUCGAGAAAAAUAUUUGUGACAGUUUACUUGGGACUUUAUUGGAUAUACCUGGAAAAACAAAGGAUCAUGUAAAUUCUCGAUAUGACUUGCAAGAGAUGGGAAUACGGAAGGAGCUUCAACCAAUAAAAGAUAACAAUGGAAAAGUUUAUUUGGCUAAAGCUUGUUUCUCCAUGAAGACAGAAGAGAAGAAGUUGUUUUGUAGUGUUUUAAAAAAUGCCAAAUUACCAAAAGGAUGUGCCUCAAAUAUAUCACGAUGUGUGCAAGUGGAUGAGAUGAAAAUAUCAGGAUACAAGAGCCAUGAUGCUCAUUUUAUAAUGCAUUACUUGCUCCAGGUUGCCGUCAGAAAAGUGUUGCCCAAGAAUGUUUCUUUGGCCUUAAUUAGGUUGGGGAACUUCUUUAGAGCCAUAUGUAGCAAAGUUAUAAGGCGAAGAGAUAUUGAUACAAUGCAGUUAGAAAUCAAUGAAAUUGAAUGUGAUCUUGAAAAGAUUUUUCCUCCAACCUUUUUUGAUAUAAUGGUACAUUUGCCCAUCCAUUUAGUAAAUGAUAUAAAGCUUGGUGGUCCGGCGCAUCUUCGUUGGAUGUAUCCCACAGAGAGAAACAUGUGUAAGUAUAAGGUAUUUGUUCGUAAUCGGGCUCAUUCGGAAGCCAUUGCGGAGGGAUUUUUAGCCGAAGAAUGCUUGAACUUUUGUUCGAGAUACCUACACGAUGGGGUAAAAACAAGAUUCAGUAGGUACCAAUAUGAGGAUGAUGAGGGAAUUGAAACAGAGGGAGAUAAUUUGUCACCUAUAUUCCCUAAGAUAGGCCAUCCAAUUGGAAGUAAGAAGAAAAGGAAAGGCAAGGCUUUUUCUAUGGAUUUACAGUUAUGUUUUGAAGCACAUCGAUAUGUUCUGUUCAAUACUGGAGAUGAACAGGUGGAGAACUUUAUCAAGGAACAUAAGAGUUUAAUUGAUAAUCAUACGAGAUCAAAUGCAUGGGUAUGGGUACGGGCACGGAAUCACAGCCAGGAAUUUAGUAAUUGGUUUAAAGAGAAAGUUAAAACUAUUGAAGUGCCAAAUCAUUUGCGAUGGCUAGCUAAAGGGCCUAAUAUGGUGGCAAAAAGAUAUACCGGAUAUUUCAUCAAUGGAUACCAAUUUCAUACGAUGGAACGGGAUACCCGAUUAAAGACUCAAAACUAUGGUGUGACUUUAUCAGCAACAACCGAUAGUUUUGCUAGUGCUAGGGACCAAAAUCUUAUCUAUGGAAAGGUUACCUAUUAUGGAGCUAUUCAGGAUAUUAUUGAGAUUGAUUAUUGGGGUUGUUUUAGUGUUGUAUUGUUUAGAUGUGAUUGGUUUCAUAAUGAAAUAGAUGGAUAUGGGUUAACUCGAGUGAAUUUUAACAGAUUAUGCAGUACCGAUGACCCUUUUGUAUUGGCAUCUCAAGUGCAUCAAGUUUUUUAUGUGGAGGAUCCAAAUGAGGAAAAUAUUUAUUAUGCAAGGACCAAAAUCCCUGUUGAUUUGUAUGAUUUGGAGGAAGAAAAUUGUCCAAAUAUUGGAGAUAAAUUUUGGAGUGAGCUCGACGACGACUUUGGUUCAUCAAAUAGAUUACCCGAUGGUGACGUCGUAUGGUCUAGAGAAGAUGUACCUGGUGAUGUUGUUGAUAUGCCAUUUCAUGCACACCAUUCACAAGAUAUGGAAACAUCAGAAGAGGAAGAUGACUUUGAUGACACUGAUUGGGAUUGGAUGGUUCCUGAUUAUUGA